AUGGAAGAAGAAAACAGCCUAAAAAUCGCUCUUGAAGUCUUGGUGGGGUUCAGCGAGGGUGAUAAGGAUACCGCUCGCGGCGGCCGUGAAGAUUGGAGGGUGGAUGAGAAUAAAGAUAGAGUGAGUGAAGGUCAGGCUUUGAAAAAGAGAAAGAAUAAUGAAGAGAAAGAGAGUCCUUCUGAAAAUCCAAUUUGUCCUAAAUGUAAAAAAGAGUUUCCUACGUGGGAGACUACUAUUGGUCACAUGCAAGAAAACCCUAAUUGUACUUCUAUUGGUUCUUCUUCAGCACUUGGUUCCAGCUAUUCUCGGACAACAACCAACCUACGUCAAUUUGAUCUCAAUAAGGUUAAUGAUGACGAUCAACCAAUGGAGAUAGAAGGGACUUCUAAUGUUGCACUCGAGUCUGCUGAAGAAAAGGUACAUGAACGCAAAGAUUUAGGAUUUGACUUGAAUCAAUUGCCUCCUAGCGAAGAAGAUGAUGUAAUGUGA